AUGCGUUUCUCUUACGCCGUUCUGCCCCUGGCUGCCAUUGUUGGCGCCCUCGAGGUCACUUCCCCUACCAAGGGUGAGGAUGUUGACGUCUCCAACUCCUUCACUGUGAAGUGGGACUCUGUCAACACCGAUGCUUCCUCUUUCAAUCUUUACAUUGUCAACAACGCCGUCUACCCCCCUGUUGAGCAGAAGAUCGCCUCCGAUGUCGACACCUCCAAGGGCUCCUACACCGUCUCCAGCCUGUCCGGCCUGACCGACGGCAAGGGCUACCAGAUCAACCUGGUCUCUGACGUGCCCCAGAACAGCGGCAUCCUCGCCCAGUCCCAGCAGUUCGACGUGAAGGGCGCUUCCGACUCCUCCUCGUCGUCCUCCUCCAGUGCCAGUGCCAGCACCUCGACCUCGACCUCCUCGUCGUCGUCUUCUUCCUCCUCCAGCUCCGCCUCCACCACCCUCACCUCGACCGCCAGCUCUUCUACCGGUACUGCCAGCACCCUCAUCUCCACCACUGCCCAAACCACCUCCAGCGGCGCGCAGUCGUCGACUGCCCGCGCCAGCACCCCUGUGGCGAGUACUAACCGUGUGUCGCCGUCAGGAUCCGCUACCCCCAGCUCGACUGUCAACGGCACCGCCCCCACGGCGUCCGUCCACCCCGGCGCUGGUGCCUCCCUGGCUGCUCCUCUGUCGGCCGUUGCCGGUCUCGUGAUGGGCGUCAUGGCUCUUACUCUGUAA